AUGCAACAGGCUGCAAGAGAUGCGAAGUUGGAAAAAGGACGAGAAGAUGCACGGGAGUCGGAACGCGAAGCAUUAGAACGUGCAACUCAAGAAAGAAUUCUUGCAAAUGAGGAAGCUGAGAAGAUAGCGAAAGAAAAGGCCAAAAGUGAGUUGAGAACGAAACGUUUACGUGAUGAGACAGAAGCUCAGGCUACACGCGUACGAGAAGAUCCACCAGCCAUUGGAGCAAUUAUCAAAUCUGUCCGAGAUGCCGAUCAGUUGCUAUGCGACGGAUAUCGUUAUCGAAGAGAAAAAACACGCUAUAAUUAUGAAAUUCGUCAAAGAGCAAAACAGUCACACGAUUCACCACGUACUAUCAUUUCGGACGCACGUAUGAAUGUUUCGGCCGAAGCUGCAGCGUUGAUACCACAAUACACGACUACACAACGAGCGAUCGAACGAACACGAAAAGAAAAUGACGUAGCACGGCCGACUCCGACAACGUUCGCUGAUAUUGUUUUACCCGAUGAACUCAAAGUUAAUUCACGUGGAUAA